GGUGCUGCCUUCUCCAGGGGAAGAGCCAUCUCCCGAAGACCUGGAGAUAGCUAAAUUAAUGUCAGGUGGUUGGUUAGGGGUGGUCAGGUCAUGGCAGUGCCAUGAAGAACGGAGAAUAAAUCCAAAGCCGUUCAGGAGGCAGUGUAACCGACUGAAUUUAGGAAAUGAGGGUCAGGAUGUCUUUCCUAUCUAGGCUGAUGGUAGAUGAUAGUAUCAUUUCUCCGGGAAAGGGAAAUGCAGGACGAAGAGCAGCAGCUGCUUUAAGAGGGAGGGGAAGGACAGAAUUCAGUCCGAAAUAGGAAUCUGAAGUGCAGAUGGGACUCAGACGGAAAUCUCCAGUAGGCAUCUGGAAAUAUGAAUUUAGUACCUGGAGAGUUGACUGUGUUGGGAUCGCAUCAGCAAGCAAUGGAAGCAUGUUCUGGGUUUUCUUCUCGGGAAUGGAAGGUCCGGGUUUCUACUGUUUCAGGAUCAAGCACUGUCCUUGUUCUGUGUCCUGGAUUUCCUUGUCUGCUCAGCAGAGCCACUUGGGAUAUUAUGUGUAUCGUGACAUGCUAGGAGAAAAAGGAGAUUUCAUUACUUCACCGGAAAUAAGUCAGAUCUUUGGGGAGCUGCUAGGUAUAUGGUUCAUUAGUGAAUGGAUGGCUACUGGGAAAAAUGCAGCUUUCCAACUGGUGGAACUGGGCCCAGGCAGGGGUACCCUCGCAGGAGAUAUUUUGAGGGUGUUCAGUCAGCUUGGAUCUGUGCUAAAAAACUGUGAUAUUUCCAUACAUCUGGUAGAGGUGAGCAGAAAAUUGAGUGAGAUUCAAGCAUUAACCCUGACUGAAGAGAAGAUCCCACUAGAGCGAAAUGCUGGAUCCCCUGUAUAUAUGAAAGGCGUUACAAAAUCUGGGAUUCCAAUCUCGUGGUACCGAGAUCUGCAUGAUGUUCCAAAAGGACACAGCUUUUAUCUAGCACAUGAAUUUUUUGAUGUCCUUCCUGUGCAUAAGUUUCAGAAAACCCCACAAGGAUGGCGAGAAGUAUUCAUUGAUAUCGAUCCACAAGUUUCUGAUAAGCUGCGGUUUGUUUUGGCACCUUGUGUCACACCAGCAGAAGUCUUCAUACAACGUGAUGAAAUGAGGGACCACGUGGAAGUGUGUCCUGAGGCUGGCAUUAUCGUUCAGGAGCUUUCUCAGCGCAUCGCGCUAACUGGAGGGGCUGCACUAAUUGCCGAUUAUGGUCAUGACGGAACGAAGACAGAUACCUUCAGAGGGUUUUGUGGCCACAAGCUCCAUGACGUCCUGACUGCCCCAGGAACAGCGGACCUCACAGCCGAUGUGGACUUCAGUUAUCUGCGCAGAAUGGCAGAGGGACAAGUAGCUUCUCUGGGGCCAAUAAGACAACAGAUGUUUUUAAAAAAUAUGGGCAUUGAUGUCCGGCUGAAGGUUCUUUUAGACAAAUCAGAUGAGCCAGCCAGGCAGCAGUUACUUCAGGGAUAUGAUAUGUUGAUGAAUCCUAAGAAGAUGGGAGAAAGAUUUAACUUUUUUGCCUUGCUACCUCAUCAGAGACUUCAUGGUAGAAGCCAUCCAAUGAAUGCAUGUCAGUCAAAACCCUCUGUGUCACCUGUGGCUGGGUUUGGUGAACUUGCCUGGCGGUGAUCUCAGUGUGGAUGUUUUACCCCUAAGUCUGCCUAAGAAAGCAAAAUAAAGGGAACAUGUUUCAUAUAUCACAGGUAUUUUAAUUAUGAGCAUCUCUGGUUCCAGAUACUUCAAACUUUUACCCGCUGUUCCUUAAGUGGUUGUCCACCAGUGCAUCAGAAUCAUUUGGGGUAUUUAUUAAAAUGCAUUCCUGGUAUCGUGCCAACUGGUGAAGUGGCAUCUCUGGGAUAGAGCCAGGGGUUUUCGUUUUGGUACACUCACCAACUGAUUAUUCCAAUAUUAGAGGUCUGCAGACCACACUGGCCCAGGAACUCUAAGAGGAACUCUAAGAGAAACCCUCAUACGUACUUCAGUUAGCUGUUCGUUACCAAAAAUUUCUCUCCAGGGAUUUGGUGGAUACAUAAAUGCAGCAUUUUGGAUUUGGUCAUUUAUAUCUUCAUCUUCAUUGAAAGGAAAUGUACCACUGAGGCUCACAUAGACGAUAACUCCCACUGACC